AUGUCGCUCCCUCUUCAACCUCAAGGCGCUCAUCACCUGCCCCAAGGCCUGGACGAUGAGGCCCCCUCGGCUUCCUCCUCGCCGUCGCCACCUCCCUCCCCUCAUGCGCUGGCCAACUCUGAGCCCUUCUCAAACCUCAAGGCGGAUGAGCGUCAUUUCGAAGACCAGAAGAAGAGGGUCCAGAGGAAGGCGCGUCUCGUUAUGGGUGAACCGAUACAGGAGCUCUCGUCCUCGGCCACAGCGAACGGCCCGCCGAGUGACGUCGUGCACGAGGGGGAAGCGUUGAAGGACAACGAAGCCUUGCUCGCUGAUGUACCCGAUGAUGCGCUCGAUCUGGAACUCACACACCAAAGGCUGAGCACACUGAGCGGUCUGGACCUGCAUCGGUUCACCCAAGUCGAGGUGAGUGCGGCUUCUCAUCGCGAGGCUCUACCUCCAGCUGACCCGCAAGAGGCAUGCGAACGAUUCACAGCGCAUCUCGUUGCGACAGAACCUCUUGACGUCCCUUUCGUACAGACCCUUACCACCACCAGCACUUGAGGAGUCGAUCCCGACCAUUGCUUCCGACGCCGCAGCUGCAUCUGCCACAGCCACAGCACCUCAGCACCGCGACGAGAUUGACGAGGACGAACUCGAUGACCCGGAUGCCAAAAAGAAGGAGGACGAGUUCCCAUACCAUGAGGUCCGAUCAGGCGAGGAACAAGUCCAGUGGCCAUUGCGAGGACUGAAGCAGCUCGAGGAGAUCGACCUGUACGACAAUAGUCUCAAGAGCGUCAAAGGGUUGGAGAAUCUGCCGAGCUUGAAGUGAGUCGGUGUGUCGACAUUGGGCUUUCGUAUCGCACAAUUGCUGACCAAGAGGACCUCCGAUCUGUAUGACGAACUAGAUCGCUCGACCUCUCGUUCAAUCUCCUCCGAUCCAUCUCUGAACUGGAAGACGAUUCGUCCGACUCGGCCUACGCCUACCCCGAAUUGACCCACCUCUACCUUAUCCAAAAUAAGCUCCCUCGUAUACAAGGCGUGCGACAUCGAACCAACUUGACCUACUUGGAAUUUGGUGGAAAUCGGAUCAGGGUACGUACCUGGAAUCUUAGCUUGCUUUGACGCUCCUCGGGCUGAUCACGGCUACCCCAUCAGUCGAUCGAGAACCUUCCUAUCUCUUCCAAUCUGAGGUCGUUGUUCUUGGGCAAGAACAAAAUCACCAAGAUCGAAGGCCUCGAAGGGCUAACCGGCCUGAGAACAUUGAGUAUUCAGAGUGAGUGAGAGGAAUUAGUGGUUUUCAAAGAUGGACGGAAUGCAACCUAACUGUGGGUCCAACACCCACUUGUAACAGGCAACCGACUGACCAAGAUCGAAGGACUCGAAACCUUGACCUCGUUGGACGAACUUUAUCUCUCCCACAACGGACUGACCGAGCUCUCCGGUCUCGAACACAAUACCCAACUUACGACACUUGAUAUCGGCCACAACAAAAUUUCAACGAUCGCUUCAACGGCAUUGAAGACCCUCGUCAACCUGACCGAGUUCUGGGCCAACGAUAAUCAAUUGACCGAACUGCCCGAGAUUGAGAGCAAGGAAUUGGAGACGGUGUAUUUGGAAGGAAACCCGCUGCAGAAGGAGUUGGGAGGGAACUACGAGAGGAGGAUCAUGUACAAGUAUCCUAGUGUGAAGCAGGUUGAUGCUGUGUAUCUGAAGAGGUCGUGA